AGAAAGUGAAUAGCAGCAUGCCUGCGUUGGGCCUUGCCAAUGUGAUCCCAAGAUGGCUCUUGCUGCAUGACAGAGCUCCUGUCUACAACUUGCCAGAUGAGAUUGGCUAUUGGUGCGUAUGCAUAGUUGGAACGUUCUUCGGCAUCCUGUGCGUGCUGGGGAUUCUGCUUUUUUGUGCUCGAAUCUCAACACCUCGAGCAGAGCUGCUCCGGCAUUCAGCUUUUGUAAUGCUUCACAUCACGGACUAUGUCACAAACAUCCUUACCAUGGUUAUAGUAUGUUUGGUUGACCAUCAGAGAUACUUCUAUGUGCUCCUUUUGUCGCACUUGGUCAUUGGAUGCUUUUGCACAUACACGGCCUCCACCCGCCUGGAGUGGCAAAAAUGGUGCUGCGUGCCGUUCAUCAAUUUCUUCAUUAUGGUUAUUUUCAUGGGGCUCAUGCAGGGCGUUCAGCUAUGUAUGGCGCAUGAUGAUUACACGCGACGGCGACAACGCUCACUGACUGCCGAGCUGAAUGCCGAGCAGCGAGUUCCCGCCAUGAUGCCUGCUCGAUUUCACAGCAAGGCUAUGGAUGGUCUUCUUGAAGGAUCAGUCUUUGCAUAUGUCGCGAUGUACGCGUUGCUGAAAGACAACUGGGCUGAGCCACGGUUCAACCCGGUGCAGCUGCAACAGGAAUGGUACACCCCUUGCCUGUACAUAGGUGCUGUUUGCAGCAUGCUCAACGUGGGCCUUGCACUAGUGGAGAUUGACCACCGGACAUCAGCCUGCGUGCAGACUGUGCUCAAUGUCAACCAGUCUUCCUUGGCAUCUGCUCGACAUUUAUCGUUCAGAGCAGCAGAAUUCUCCAUGCGGCUGUUGACACUUCUUGCGUUUUGCACAUUCAUGCGGCCACUGCGAUUCUGGUGGAUUGCCUACGUGCUGGUCGCAGCUGACUAUAUCUUUGGAGUGGCACUGUUGAUCCUCCUUGGUGGCCGUGACCCAAUUCGCGAGGCAUCUGUGGUACUGGGGGUGCCCUUGUUCAUGGUCAAUAUUAUGCAGUUUGUGGAUGCUCCCGGUAUGAGCCUCCAGGCUAGACAGAUCUCUGAAAUCAUGGUGCCGUUGCGCAGUUUCGAAUUUGUGGGUGUCCUGCUGUUCUGCGUCUUUUGCCCUGCCAAGAUCAGAGUUGUCGGCGAGACGGAGGACUUUGGGAUGGUGUCCUUCAUCCUGAAGUUCCACCCUUCCUGGGCUGUGUGCUGGGCAGCAAGUGUUUUCAUUUACUACCUCCUGCUAGCAACUUAUGCUGCCAGGACCAAGCCUGGCGCUGAUUUGCACAGUGCUGUGGCGUAUGGUGAAGUUGAAGUGCUCCGCAAUCUUCUUCGCAGCUCCGAGUUGGUUCUGGACAUCUCCCGCUUUGGCCCUGACGGCCGGAACCCACUUCACUUGGCAGCACGACGAGGGCAGGUUGAAUGCAUGAAGCUCCUGGUUGAGGAAAAGGCAGACUUACAGGCGCAGACAGGCAACAAGCAGCAGCACAUGGCUCUCCACUUGGCAGCAAUGAAUAAGGUGCCUGAUGCGGCACGAUUUCUAUGUCAGGCUUGUCAAGGUGAUCCUCGCAUUCUGAAUGCUACUAAUGCAGAAGGCGACACACCCCUGCACAUCGCAGCAAGAUGCCAAAAUGUAGAUGUGCUGCGUGAACUUUUGCAUCAUCCAGGCAUUCAAGUCAGGAUAUUGAACAAAAAGGGGCUUGUUCCUGCAGAGUGUGCGCCAUCCGACAAGUUUAGCUUCGACCGGGACAGCGCAGAGUGUGCCGUAGCUGACCUUCUCAGAGUUGCAGAGGUUGACCCCAAUUCUUUGGCAAACGCUAGAGCUAGCGCUGACGAGUCAGGCUCUUCGUCACCAGGCAUUCAGGUCAGUCCCGAGCCAGCCCAGGAAAUGUCAGAUUUUCGACAGAGGUGCGGGAGCCAGUUCGAUUCAGGUCAGGCUCCUGAGGCGCCCAGGCGAGCAAGCGCAGAGAACUCCGUACCCUUGAUGUCUGUCCCGCGUGGAGCCGAGGAGAACUUUGUGAGGGCGUCGCAGGGCACGGGAAUGCAAGUGUCGACAGAUGCUCCACUUGCGGUUACCAAUUGUGGUUUGUCUUCGUUCAUGCUGAGUGCUGGUCUCGGAGCCGUGAGCAGAUUCUUCCUAGGGUCCAUUGCAGAAGAUGCAGAGAAAGGCUUCAAUGACUCGGAGACACCAACUGUCAGCAUUGAGGACUUUGCAGAGAUGCGCCUCCUUGGCGAGGGCGCUUUCGGAAAGGUUGUCUUGGUGAGACACAAAGAGACUGGGGAGUUGUACGCCAUGAAGACGAUGGAAAAGGCCAAAUUCAAAGCCCAGAAGAUCACGAGCAAAGCGCACAGCGAGCAGUUCAUUUUGAGAACCACAAGGCAUCCCUUCGUGGUCCAACUGCAUUUCGCUUUUCAAUGCUCAUACUUUUGGGCACUGGUGAUGGAUUACUGUCCGAAUGGUGACCUUCAGGCAUGCAUGAUAAAGCACGGUAUUCCUGGACUGUUGCUGGAGGACGCAGCUCGAUUUUCUGGAGAAGUACUGCUAGCGCUGGAACACCUGCAUGGCAUCAGAGUCAUUUUCCGUGACCUGAAGCUGGAGAAUGUAGUUGUUGACUCCAGCUUUCGAGCCAAAGUCACAGACUUCGGUUUGGCAAAGAAACUCUACACCGCUAGCGAUGCAAACACCAUGUGUGGUUCUUACGGCUAUGCGGCACCAGAGAUCAUGCUGAAUGCAGGAAGGUACACGUAUGCAGUUGACCUGUACUCCUAUGGUGUGCUGCUUUACAUGCUGGUAAGUGGUGGAGAGACUUCUCAGCGCAAUCCAAUGCAGAAGAAUCGGCUGCCUCCGAAGAACCAUGGGCAGCUGAAGAAGAAAUUGAGGGACUCGGAAAAGGACCUAACAGUGAAAUGGGCACGGCCAGAAACAGUGGUCAUGCCGCUUCUCAAAAUUUUGCUGUCAGAGGACCCACGGGAGCGCACCAAUUCGACCGCAUUGAAAUCGAAUGCCUUUUUUGCCAAGUACUUGAAAGAGCCAGUGGAUGCCUUGCUGGAAGAGCGCAAGUAUCGUCCACCCCAGACGCUAUCGUAGUUCUACUUUUCUCACACCAGCAGCGCACAAUGUUUCAGUUGGCAUGAAGAGUUUCUGCUCACUGCGCAGCACCCACUAGCGACCAGUGC